CUGAAAUUAAUAAAAACACAUUAAAUUCAUCUGCACUACAAAAUUGAUUUGCCAGUAUGUAGAUUAUAUCCAUAGCUUUGGGGAAAUGCUUACAAUCAUGCAAGAUAAUAAACUUCCUAUAACAUCCAGUCUGAAACUCUAGCCAAUACAAUUUCCUUUGGAAUAUCAGGUUUAGAAAGGACCUCAGAGGUGAACUGAUUAGAUGAAAUCCUUGAGUAAAAGACUCGAGUGAACAGAGGAAAAAUUGAGCUGCUUUUCAUCUUCCCAUAGCUCUCUGCAGGAUAUUUCAUUUCCUCAGUUAGAAAAUAAAGAUAUUCGUACAAAAUUUAAAAGUAAAUUUUUAUACAUACUUCCAUAAAAAGCACACAAUUGGGGAAUCAUUAUUUGAAUUAUUUUCAGAAACAGCUGCAUGAUAACAACAAAAAUGGGAUUACACUUAGUUUGGCCAGUAUUUACCUAGAACAUUUCUACCUGUUAGACAGGUAUCUUGACAAAAUACAUAUUUGGGGAUCAUUCAGAAGCUGUUCCUAAAAAACAAUUUUUUUUCAAAAGCCAGGAAGUUUUGUGUUUUUAGAAAUGUAGUAUUCUAUUUUUCAAGCAAAUGAGAACUCUGAGAGUUGUGUGCUCACAACUUUUCUUACGCUUAAAAUACAUGAGUUGUAAUAGGCAAAAUGUUAGUGCAUUUUUGCAUUUAUUGCCAAUAAAAUCUUUUCGGAAGUGAAACAGAGGUGUGUGAUUCUCAUUUGUAGGUCUGACUUAAGAGAAUCCAGCAUAAGUGUCAUUAAUGCCUGGUCAUUUUGACAAAGAGAAGAAACACCUAAGAACCCUCCUAUCCUUCUCCCAGUUCCCUCAUUCAUUCACGAUUCACUAUAAGUAACUAAAAUGCUGUUCUUGGGAGGAUUUAUUUGAAUCAGUCUUUCACACACAAAGGAUGUUGUAGGAGAUAACUCCCCACGUGUUGUUAAAAGCAUCCUGAUGUUGCUGGCAGGAAUAUGGACAUCUGUUUGAGAAAAGAAAAAAGUUUCAUGCAAAUUACACAGUCAAAGAGAAGAGAAGGGAUGUUCAAGUUGAGAAACCAGUGACAUUUCUUGUAACUGUACUAUGAGUCAGCACUUUUUAAUCUUCUUGAUAAUACAUGGAAAUGUAGUGAGGUGACAGGGAGCAGCGUUCAUUUGACGUAUGCAUAUUUUCUCGCGUGUGUGCUUGUGUGUGACUUCAUGGCACCAAUAAUUCUUUUUAAAAUGAGGAUACAGUAAAUUGUAGUCCGUGGAAGGCUGACUGGAACCAACAUACCCGUAGCUUUAGAAAGCAGUUUCCGCCCAACCAAGAGUGCAAGAGCGAUGGAACCCCAUGUUCCUGGAAGUUUGCACAUCAGAGUAAACAAACUUGAAAACCCCUCUUGAUAGCAGAAUUCACCCAGCCUUGUUCCAUUUUCUCUUAACAAAACACACCGCAAACGCUCUCACAAGCUGCUUUGAUGAAGCCACAUGUAUUUCCCCCUUCACAAUUUACAGGAAGUUACUCUUAAAAGAAAGUGAUUCUGGUGUUUACUGCCCGUGUUAAAGGGACAGAGUUCCUUUUUAUCUCUGAUAACGUUUGAGCGAAAUACAGAAUCAAUUUAUAGACUCCCAUAGUAUGUGACUAAGAGCAAAGGAGUAACCUGACGAGCCUUGCCCCACUGCUUGGAGACUAGAGGUUGCAGAUGAGCAGAUCUACUCCAGAGGGGAGCUUCACCACUUCAUCGAUGGCUUUAAGGAGGAGAACAGCAACUGGAUGCGCUACGUGAACCCGGCACACUCCGCCGGGGAGCAGAACCUGGCUGCCUGCCAGAACGGGAUGAACAUCUACUUCUACACCAUUAAGCCCAUUCCUGCCAACCAGGAGCUGCUUGUGUGGUAUUGCCGGGACUUUGCAGAGAGGCUGCACUACCCUUAUCCUGGAGAGCUGACAGUGAUGAAUCUCACACAAGCGCAGAGCCUCCCGAGGCAGCAGAGCACCGAGAGGAACGACCUUUGCUCAAAGAACCCCCCGAAGAGAGAGCACAGCGUGAAAGAAAUCCUGAAGUUGGACUCCCACCCCUCCAAGGGGAAGGACUCGUGCUGUUCGAACAUUUCACCCCUGGCUCCGGAAAGGGACGCGGACGACUUCAGGAAGAACGGGAGCCCCGAAAUGCCCUUCUACCCCCGGGUGGUGUACCCGAUCCGGGCCCCUCUCCCGGAAGACUUUCUGAAAGCUUCCCUGGCCUACGGGAUGGAGAGGCCCACGUACAUCCCUCACUCCCCCAUCCCGUCCUCCACGACGCCCAGCCCCUCCGCCAGGAGCAGCCCCGACCAAAGCCUCAAGAGCUCCAGCCCGCACAGCAGCCCGGGGAACACCGUGUCGCCGCUGGCCCCCGGGCCCCAAGACCACCGGGACUCCUACUCCUACUUGAACCCGCCCUACGGCCCCGAAGGUCUGGGCGCCUACCCUGGAUACGCGCCCCCACACCACCUGCCGCCACCCUUCAUCCCCUCCUACAACGCCCACUACCCCAAGUUCCUCCUGCCGCCCUACGGCAUGAAUUGUAACGGCCUGGGCGGCAUCGGUGGCAUCAGCAACUUCGGCCUCUUCCCCAGGCUGUACCCCGUCUACAGUAACCUCCUGGGCGGGGGCAGCCUGCCUCACCACCCCAUGCUCAACCCGGCCACGCUGCCCAGCUCGCUGCCCUCGGAAGGAGCUCGGCGGCUGCUGCAGCCGGAGCACCCCAGAGAGGUGCUGGUCCCCACGCCCCGCAGUGCCUUCUCCCUCACCGGGGCCGCCAGCAUGAAGGACAAGGUGUGCAGCCCCACCAGCGGGUCGCCCACGGCGGGCACGGCCGCCACGGCGGAGCACGUGGUGCAGCCCAAAGCUACCUCAGCAGCGAUGGCGGCAGCCCCCAGCAGCGAGGAGGCCAUGAAUCUCAUAAAAAACAAAAGGAACAUGACUGGCUACAAGACACUCCCCUACCCCCUCAAGAAGCAGAAUGGCAAGAUCAAGUACGAAUGCAACGUUUGCUCCAAGACUUUCGGCCAGCUCUCAAACCUGAAGGUCCACCUCCGAGUGCACAGUGGAGAACGGCCUUUCAAAUGUCAGACUUGCAACAAAGGCUUCACGCAGCUGGCCCACCUGCAGAAACACUACCUGGUCCACACGGGAGAAAAGCCACACGAAUGCCAGGUUUGCCACAAGCGGUUCAGCAGCACCAGCAAUCUCAAGACCCACCUGCGACUCCACUCCGGAGAGAAGCCUUACCAGUGCAAAGUGUGCCCCGCCAAGUUCACCCAGUUUGUGCACCUGAAACUCCACAAGCGCCUACACACCCGGGAGCGGCCCCACAAGUGCGCCCAUUGCCACAAGAGCUACAUCCACCUCUGCAGCCUCAAGGUCCACCUGAAGGGGAACUGCCCUCUGGCCCCGACCACGGGGCUGCCUCUGGAGGACCUGACUCGGAUCAACGAGGAAAUCGAGAAGUUUGACAUCAGCGACAAUGCCGACCAGCUCGAGGACAUGGAGGACAACAUCGAUGUGACCUCCUCUGUGGUGGAGAAGGAAAUCCUGGCCGUGGUCAGGAAAGAGAGGGAGGAAACCAGCCUGAAAGUGUCCUUGCAAAGAAACCUGGGGAAUGGACUCCUCUCAGGGUGUAACCUCUAUGAGUCAUCAGACCUGUCCCUCAUGAAGUUGCCUCCCAGCAACCCACUACCUCUGGGACCUGUCAAGGUCAAGCAAGAAACAGUCGAACCAGUGGAUCCUUAAGAUUUUCAGGAAACAAAAAAAGUGUCUUAUUUUGUUUCUUCACUUACGACUUGGCGAGUCAGGGUGCCUGUAGCAGAUUCCUUGUACAUAGACCCAGGGCCUCAAAGCUCUCACCUGUCUGCAAUUGAAGAAGGAGCUCCAAAGUUACUGAAAUCUCAGGGCAUAAAUGAGCAAAGACAAUAUAUUAUACAUAUUAUAUAUACUUAUUUACACACAUAUAUAUAUAUUUGAACCUGUGUAUUUUGAAUAUUGUGUGAAUAUGUUUGCAUAGCCUUCCCAUUGCUAAGACUAUUGCCUAGCCAUAAUUAUUUUUUCAAUGACAUUAAUCCUUCAUAAUUUAUUAUUACAAUCUACCAUUUAAAAAGCAAUAAUUAAAAAACGUUUACAAUGACUGGAAAAA